CUUCCACUUCCGCGUUGAUUGCUUCGAGCCUGAAGAUUUGCUUCUUUCGACUCAACAGAAACAUCAUUUCAGUUUUUACCAUCCAAACAGGGAACGUCGGAUAAAUACAAAAAUGGCAACUGGACCUGCAGUAAGUUCAGCUCUAGAGACGAUCAGCAGACAUCAUCUUGAGUGCAGCAUCUGCCACGAGAGAUACCAACAGCCCAAGAUACUGGAAUGCCUGCAUAGCUUUUGUGAGCAAUGUCUGCUGAAAUACUGCAGCAAGAAGCAUCAGGGUGCUGCAGCGAUUCCUUGCCCUGUGUGUCGACAGGAGACAAAGCUUCCUGAGGUUGGGGUGCAGGGUCUGAAAACCAACUUUCAUUUGAUUGGUCUGGUUGAGGAGCUUAAACUUCAGGAAAAGAUAGUGGGAUCGGGUGAUACCUGUCUUUUGUGUGAUGUAUGUGAGGAAGACAACGAGGCAACGCAGCGAUGUCUGGAUUGUGGCCAGUAUAUGUGCUCAGUCUGCAGCAGAAUGCAUCUUCGAUUCGCAGCCACAUCAAACCACAAGGUAGCUCCAUUGAAGGACAUUCGUGAGGGAAAGGUUACAGUCACAAAGAAACAUCUGAAACAACAUCCGAAAUGUCUGAUCCAUGAGGGGGAAGUGGCACGGUUCUUUUGUACGUCAUGUGAGUUGUUGAUCUGCCGAGAUUGUACCGUCAUAAACCACCGCAUGCCAGAACACACAUAUAUUGAGAGAGAUGAAGCCACAUCGGUUUUCAAGCAGUCAUUGGCUGAACUGUUUACUCCACUUGAAAACACAAUGUUGCAUAUCCAGAAAUCUCGGGAGGAAGUCUUCAGAAUGAAGGAAAAUUUGGGUGUCACAGUUAAGAGGGUCAUGACAGAAGUGCAAGACAAAGCAGCUGAGAUACGAGCAGAGGUAACGGCUAAGGAAAAUCGCAUCGUUGACGACAUCAAAAACAUCCAAACAGAUCGCGAACAAAAACUGGAAGAAUGUGAGAAAACUAUGUGCUUGGCAUUGGAGAGAUUCGCGCAUUCACUAGACACAGCUAGAGAGGUGGCAAGUACUGCAUCAGAUAGUGACUUUCUCUCACUCUAUCCCACAAUCAGCAUAGACUUGAAAUUGUUGGCAGAUCAGAGUAUACCUAGAGUUGACAACAGGCUCGCAUUCCUGAAGUUCAAGCAGACUGAGGGUGUUGGUGGCAUCAGUCUGGGUGAGGUGGUAACGGAAGGCAAAUGGGAGCUGUAUCGAGAGUUUGAUACAGCGGGAAGCAAUCCAGGAGAGUUUAGAGGGGCUUGGGACGUUGCUGCUCGUAAACCUGAUGAGAUUGCAGUGGGUGACCAAUUCAACAGUCGAGUUGUGAUCUGCAGCAUCGAUGGCAACAAGAAAAGCACGAUUCCAAUGCAAGGAUGUCCACGUGGCAUCGCAGCUACACGCAGCGACAAUUGUUUGGUGGUUGUUGAGGAAGGUGCAUCCCAUGUGAAGGUGUUCAACAGUGACAACACGCUGGCAUACAAGUUCCCAACGGUGCCACCGAGUGAGGUCGGUAAGACCACGGUUGACCUCCAGAGCGUAGCUGUCAAGAAUGAUGGUACCAUUGCAGUGGGAGAUGUGGCGAGGAUGGUACUGACAGUGCACAGCCCCACUGAUGGUGAGCUCCUUCAUACCAUACCAGUCGAGAUUCAACCUUAUUUCCUGGCUUUUGACAGCAAUGAUCGAGUUAUAAUAAGUGACUUUUCAUCACAGACAGUGGAUAUUGCCGGUGGCAAUGGUACUACAAAACGCACCAUCAAACCCACCAUCAAUGGUCAACCAGUAUGUUACUGCUUCGGUGUAUGCACUGAUAGCUCAGGUAUGUAUGUUGCAAUGUCCAAAGGUUACAACACGGGUCAUAUCCACCACUAUGACCCUCAAGGUGGCUUCCUCCAGUGUAUCGCACAGGGUCUGUACAACCCACUGGGUAUCACAUUCUCAUCACACGGUCAGCUGGCAGUGGCUGACUACUCCUCAGUCAAAAUGUAUCACCAGGUGUGAUACAACAUUGACAUCAGUCAUGUCAAUUUCGCAUCAUUUGAGGCAUGUUGAUAGAAAAAGUAAAGAGCGGUCCUAUCACAACAAUGAAUUAAAAGUUUUAGAAUAUUGAUACAUCACGUAUCAUACAAAAAACGUGUACGGUAUUGGAUUGCAUGUGUUACCUGUAUCAUUUUGACUUGCUGAUCAAUCGGUCGAUUUUGUCCACAACUGUGGGCGGUUGAAGAUAUCUUGUCAUAAUUUCAUCAAGUAUAAGUAUAUGAGUCACCUUUUCAGUUCAUUCAAAAGAAAAAAAAUAAGAUAACAAAUUUACAUUGAAUCAAAUCCGGUGAUAAUUUUGAAAAAAGCUUUAAGAAUCAAAUCGAAGCAGAAAAAAAACCUUAAAAGCAAAUAAGGUUUUUAAUUCAUGUAUAUUAACAUGCAUCCUCUGUUCAAAUACUAUAAGGAUGAACAAAGUAAAACGCAAUUCAAGAGAAAACUUGAAAUACCACGAUUACAGUUUUGUUUCAAUAUCAAUUUUUCUGACACGUUAGAUGUAUUUCGUUUUUCAACAAACAACAUACUGGUUCUGACAACUGAGGGUGGUAACGCGAUAUGAAUAAAAAUUGUAGCCCAUUGACAAAAUUAUGUUUGUGCACAAUAGACGCUCAUUGACCAACUGUGAGAGACUAAAUAAACAAUGAAAUUCCUGAAAGACAAAAAUGAAUUCGGCCCGAAAGCCUAGCAGGCCUACAUCACAAUAGUUCUGGCAAACUUUCAUCUUACAACAGCAGAUAGAAGCCUUUGCCAAGAAAUUGCGACAUUUGUAGAGCUAAGCUUGAUCGUUCUGUUAAAAACAUAUUGUAAUUUAUAUUCAACCCGCCUGUAAAUACGCAGUUUAAGAAAUAUGAUCAUCCUAUGCUGAUUUUGACUUCGCUUAUUUCAAAGCAAGGUUUUAUUAGUUGGUUUCAGUUGCCUCAAUGGGUUGAGUUAUGUAGAGAAAUUGAAAUUCGAGAAGAAAGAGGAAUAAAAUAAACAUUCCAUGGAAACAAAUGCAGUGAUUAUUACAACUCAUGAUGUUAAUCAUGUGAGCUAGCUCCUAUGAAACGAAACAUUGUUUUGUUUCUUUAAUUAAAACCAGCAUAACCUUCAGGUUAUUAUGUACUGUAAAGACGUCACGAGAAAUGUUUGAUGUAAUAACUGACAGUUCAAUUAUAUAUUUAGAAUUUUCUCGACAUCUACGAUUAUAUGUUGUGAGUACAUUUUAGAUUACAUGAGACUCAGUUUGUAAAUAUUGAAUACUGAAAAUAAGAAGGCCCGAUUUGUUACAGGGUUUCAAUUCAACCCACGUUGUUUGGUGCUUGACCAAUAGGAAUCUGUAAGCUUUCCUAAGAAUUUAGCUGAGGAUUAGCUUUCAAUUGAAAAGAACAAACAGUGUUGGUUAAUUUUUAACUCAAUGAUCAAGAUACAUACAUGUAUACAUUUCUUUUAACUGUUCAAGAAAAUUUGACACAAUUUCCCAAAUAUCUCGAGAUAAUUUAAAAACUGUUUAAAUAUGUCAAGUAGAGUCAAAUUCAAAAUUAAGUUUGAUUGUUCUGUCUAAGACAUUUUGUUUAAUUGCUAUUAGCCUGCCUGUAAAUACACAAUUUCUCGAAAUGUGAU